UCUGUUGACAGCGACAGUUGAGACCAGAACAGCUAACGAUGCUAAUGUUGCUGUGAAGAUGAGCGACCAUAAUUCAGUCAGCAGCAUCGACGGCCUCCUCUGUCAAUCUGCUCUUCAGACUCGGGAACUUUCCCAAAAGAAGAAUGAAUUCAUCCAACGAAUUAAAGUUUGCAGAGAUGACAUUGCUGAGAGAGGGUCUUACAUCGGCACACUUCACAGAGACAUCAGGAAACUGGAGGAAGAAACCAGGGUGAAGCAGAGCACUGUGAUGCAUAACAAAGCUAAUACAAAAAGCAUGAAGGCGACCAACAUCCUGCUUCUCCAGUACGAGCAGACGCUGAAAGCAGAACUGGAAAGCAGUAAAACCAGCUUCAAACAUGAGAUGGAAGUCUAUGAAGAGAGGAUUGCACGCUACAGAAAGAUAUUCCAGUCACAUCAAGAAUAUUAUUUCCAAAAUCCUAUGGCUCAAAAGCUCCUCAGGUUGCAGGCAGAAAAAGAGGAGAUUGAGUACAGGAUCAAGGCCUGCGAUGAUCAAAUUACAACUAAGCAGGCAGAGCUAGACCAUCUCACUGGUCCAGCAGUCACUGCCUCUUCCACUGGUACCAUACCAGACAGUGUUUCUGGUCAACAGCCUGUUGAAGAAGCAGAGAAUCAAAUAGAUCCUCAGACACUGGACUGUGAUUCUGCCAAUGACAGCUUCUGUCUUCAUCUCAACCAGACAAAGUUGUUGCAGAAUGAACAUAAAGUAUCUGUAGAGUCAAGUGCUGCAGAUAUUCCUGAGCAACAGAAGGUCCAGGGUACAGCCGCCUGCAGCACUUACCCAGAGGAAGCAGGCAUAGAGCUUUGGUCUCACAAACAGCUGGAUGAACAAAAUUGGACAGAGGAGAUGCAGACUAAUGAGCAGGAAAAGGAAACCGAACUACAGGAACAUGUCUUGAACACUUUCCCUCAUGCUGCUGGUAUCUUUCUUCAAGCAUAUUCCAGGUACUGGUCUAUGCACCUCCACUACUGA